AUGGUCCUUGUAAUCCCAACUUGCAGAGACCUUGGCAUUGGGAUUGUAUUCAGUCCUCUAGGAAGAGGGUUCUUCUCACUAGGUCUAGGGAUCACUGACAAGUUUUCAGAUAAUGACUUCCGAAUGAUUCUACCCAAGUUCCAACCUGAGAAUCUGGAGCACAAUAAAACUCUUUACAAGAGGGUUAAUGAAAUGGCUAUGAGGAAGGGAUGCACCCCAUCACAACUAGCUUUGGCUUGGGUUCAUCAUCAAGGGAACGACAUUUUUCCGAUACCGGGUACUAUCAAGAUUGAGAAUUUGAACCAGAACAUUGGAGGUUUGUCUGUGAAUCUAACACCUGAAGAAAUGGUUGAGCUCGAAUCUAUGGCUGAAGUAGUCAAGGGUGAUAGAUAUCCCCCCAAAUUUCCUACUUGGAAGACUGUAGACACCCCACCCUUGUCCUCGUGGAAUGCUGAAUAA